AUGGUUCGCCCACACGCUGAAGGAUUCUAUUACGAAGAAUUUGACUUUGAGGUUAUGAAACAAACACUCAAUUCUCUCAAGUCCUGCGGGGCCGACGGUUUCGUCUUCGGGAUUCUGAAUCGAUCUUCAAAACAGACUUGUGAUCCCAAUGUGUCGUGGGUCGAUGUAUCCCGUAACAAGGAGCUUGUCCAACUAGCUGACGGGCUCCCCUGCACAUUUCAUCGUGCCUUUGAUGUCAUUCCUGAAUCCCACUGGGAUAACGCAUUGUCCGACAUCAUGGAGUGUGGCUUUACAUCGAUUUUAACCAAUGGUGGCCCUUCAGGAACACGAGCAAUGGAAUGCGUUGACCAGCUGAAUACUCUAGUACAUUACAAAAUGCAACUUCAAGGAGAAAGCAAACUUCAGAGCAACAGAGUUCCAGAAAUCAUUGUUGGAGGCAAUGUGAGGGCAUCGAACAUAGGGUUGCUUCACAACAUUACCGGUGCCUCGGCCUUCCAUUCUGCUGCUCUUGUAGACACACAAGAGGUGGCAUCGGCAACUGAGGUAUUUAAAAUGAAAGAUGAGAUAACGCGGGGAUAG